CUCGGCCACCGUAUGCUAUCGUGGCGUUUUGCAGCUGAGUGAAGUGUCACAUCAGUGAACCUGUGACCUGUUUCCUGUCGGUUCCACGGUAUCGAACCUGGUUCAUCACACACACACACACACACACCGGACUGUGUUUCCUGUAGCGGGUCAGGAUGAGACGCGCCAAUCUGGGUGAGGGAGGCUCCGGAGGAUAUGUGGCCAGUGGUUACAGUGUGCACGAGGAGGAGAACGAACAUCUGCAGGAGGGACUGAGAGCUAAAGUCAACGCGCUGAAAAGUCUGUCUAUCGACAUCGGAACUGAAGUCAAAUACCAGAAUAAAAUGCUGGAUGACAUGGACACAGACUUUGACUCGACCGGCGGCCUGCUCGGUGCAACCAUCGGCAGAGUGAAGCAGCUGUCCAGAGGCAGUCAGACCAAACUGCUGUGCUACAUGCUGCUGUUCUGCUUUUUCGUUUUCUUCAUCCUGUACUGGUUCAUCAAGCUGAGGUGAUUGGAGGAACCUCCUAGAGUUGGCCCUUUGUAAUUUCACAUCUCCCUCCUCCCACAGUUGCUGUUGCAUCUCAAAACUAGGCCAAUUUAAUCAUGAGGACGAGGACAGGCAGGGGUUUAAAAAUAAAGUCUUAAGCUUUACAGGGGGCCAGUGUCUUCAUACAAAGACCCCAAAAUAGAGUCAAGCAAGGACUGAUGCUUUUUGAUGUCUUGAACAGUAAAACUGGUUUAGACAGGUUAAGGUCUGAGGUGAUUAAUGAUCAACAGCCCAAUUGACCUAAAGUGAGUAGAUGAAAAAAGAUUAAACCUAAUGUAACUGGAGAAGAUACUGUGUUAAAAAACCUUACAGCUGUAGUGGGAACAUUGAAUAAUAAAAAGCAACAGAUCUGUGGAUUAUUUUGUCAACCACAACCUUUGCUGUGUCAAUAAUAAUAAUUAUUGUUCAUAAAAGUAUUAAAGUUAUAGAAUGCUUAAGGAGGUAAGUAUUAUAAGGAGGUAGUUUUGAUUUAAGAAUGAAUGGAAAUGCCACAAGAUUUGUAAAACAAUUAACAACAAUGUACUUCAUUACUGUUCAGAUUCUGUUGUAAAAAUGUUUUUUUAAUGUAAAUAAAGACGUUUUAUGCAA